CAGGGCCGGGCCCGGGCCCCAGACCCGCGCCCCGACCCCUGCCCGCGGGGGCGGCGGCGAGCGCCCCCGCCCCCGGCCCCCGCGCCCCAUGCACCACCUUCUGGAGCAGUCGGCGGACAUGGCGACGGCGCUGCUGGCCGGCGAGAAGCUGCGCGAGCUGAUCCUGCCCGGCGCGCAGGACGACAAGGCGGGCGCGCUGGCCGCGCUGCUCCUGCAGCUCAAGCUCGAGCUGCCGUUCGACCGCGUGGUCACCAUCGGCACCGUGCUCGUCCCCAUCCUGCUGGUCACCCUGGUCUUCACCAAGAACUUCGCAGAGGAACCCAUUUACUGCUACACUCCGCACAACUUCACCCGCGACCAGGCGCUGUAUGCCCGUGGCUACUGCUGGACAGAGCUGCGGGAUGCGCUGCCCGGCGUGGACGCCAGCCUGUGGCCGUCGCUGUUUGAACACAAGCUGCUGCCCUACUCGCUCCUGGCUUUUGCAGCCAUCAUGUAUGUGCCUGCGCUGGGCUGGGAGUUCCUGGCCUCCACCCGCCUCACCUCCGAGCUCAACUUCCUGCUGCAGGAGAUCGACAACUGCUACCACCGGGCGGCCGAGGGCCGCGCCCCCAAGAUCGAGAAGCAGAUCCAGUCCAAGGGGCCCGGCAUCACGGAGCGCGAGAAGCGCGAGAUCAUCGAGAACGCCGAGAAGGAGAAGAGCCCGGAGCAGAACCUGUUCGAGAAGUACCUGGAGCGCCGCGGCCGCAGCAACUUCCUGGCCAAGCUGUACCUGGCGCGGCACGUGCUCAUCCUGCUGCUCAGCGCGGCGCCCAUCUCCUACCUGUGCACCUACUACGCCACCCAGAAGCAGAACGAGUUCACCUGCGCGCUGGGCGCGCCCCCCGACGGCCCGGCAGCCGCGGCGGCCGUGCGCGUCAGCUGCAAGCUGCCCUCCGUGCAGCUGCAGCGCAUCGUGGCGGGCGUGGACAUCGUGCUGCUGUGCGCCAUGAACCUCAUCAUCCUCGUCAACCUCAUCCACCUCUUCAUCUUCCGCAAGAGCAACUUCAUCUUCGACAAGCUGCACAAGGUGGGCAUCAAGACGCGCCGGCAGUGGCGCCGCUCCCAGUUCUGCGACAUCAACAUCCUGGCCAUGUUCUGCAACGAGAACCGCGACCACAUCAAGUCGCUCAACCGGCUGGACUUCAUCACCAACGAGAGCGACCUCAUGUACGACAACGUGGUGCGGCAGCUGCUGGCCGCGCUGGCCCAGUCCAACCACGACGCGACGCCCACCGUGCGCGACGCGGGCGUGCAGACCGUGGAUCCCAACGCCAACCCUGCCGAGCCCGAGGGCUCCGCCGAGCCGCCCGUGGUUAAGCGGCCGCGCAAGAAGAUGAAGUGGAUCCCCAGCAGCAGCCCGCUGCCCCAGCCCUUCAAGGAGCAGCUGGCCGUCAUGCGCGUGGAGAACAGCAAGGCCGAGAAGCCCAAGCCGGUGCGUCGCAAGACUGCCACGGACACGCUGAUCGCGCCGCUGCUGGACGCGGGCGCCCGCGCCGCUCUCCACUACAAGGGCGGCGGGGGCGGGGCGGGCGACACAGGCCCCGCCCCCGACAAGAAGCACGCCCGCCACUUCUCCCUGGAUGUGCACCCCUACGUUCUGGGCGCCAAGAAGGCUAAGCCCGAGGCAGUGCCCGCCACCCUGCCCACCUCCCGGAGCCAGGAAGGGGGCUUCCUGUCCCAGGCAGAGGAGCGAGGGCUGAGCCUGGCCGCAGCGCCCACCAAAGCAGAUCCUCAUUGCCACCUUCGACGAGCCGAGGACAGUAGUGAGUACCGUGGAGUUCUGAGGGACAGGACCGCCCGGGCCUCCGCAGCCCCUCUGCAUGACCUUGGUGUGCCGCUGACCCCAGCCCACGUGGACAUGGUCUCCGCUUCGCCCAGCUCUGCCUGCACCCCUGGCCUCCUGUCCGCAUGUCCUGGGGCUCAGCAUCCCUCCCACCCUGCUCCCCAGAUGGCAUUGUUGGGGUGCUGGCUGGGCCAGGGGCUGGGUGUGACCCCAGCAGAGCCACCCCACCCCUGCAUCAGGUGUUCAGCUGCAAGGUGAAGAGUUUAUUUUUUUAGUCAAUUUUGUCCUGGGCCCAGAGUGCUGGACUGUGAGGCGCUGGGCUGUGGCAGGACAUCUCAGCCCCAAGCCUGAAAGGAAGCUGGAGCUGGUGGCACCAGGGGGUUGGCCACAACCAAGGGGCCAAGCUCAAGGUUGCCCCAGCAGGCACCAGGAGGGGGGUGAGAGGGGCUGGAGUCUGCCCUCCAGCCAAAGGUCCACAUGCACUUUAACCUUGUCCCAAGUUACCCGUACUUGAUUUUACUAUGAUUACUGUAACUAGCAAGUGUGUUUAUCAGGAGACUUGGAUGCAUUUAAAACAAAGGAUGGUGUGUGUGUGUGUGUGUCUGUGUGUGUGUGUCUCCGAGUGUGUGUGCGUGUGCACGCAGGCGUGUGCGUAAGAAAAGAUGGGUGUGGGCACCAGCGUGUGAGCAAGCGCAUGGUGGCCGUGUGCGAGCCAGGGAAGGAGUCCAACGCAAUAACCAUGUCCCCCACCAGGCCCCCAGCCUGGCCCCAGGGCCCACGCCACUUGCAGUGGGAGCCCAGGGCCAGUGGCAGGCCUGUCCCUAUUACCUCAGCCACGGUGACAACGUGACAGUAUUAACAAAGUAGCACCGAGCAUAUCAAUAAAUACUAUUCUGAUACCAUCUGAGUCCCAAGUGGU